GUUGAUGUUAGUAUUUCUUUGAAUUUCACUGGCAUGCUUUUUCUCUGUUUGAAAAUUGCUCUUGUGAAUUAUGAUACAAGCUCAAGUGCAAUCUUUAAAUUACACAUGGCAGAUGUGUGAUGUUUGAGGAUCGUGGGUCUGGUGGUCCAUCACAUGGAUGGGCAGAGCCCCAAUAUGGAAGUGAUUGGUUAUCCUAACAAUCUAAUCUUUAUGAAGGGGGUUUCUUUUGACAGUGGCUGUUGCUAAUCUUUUUCUUUGUUUUGUGCAUCCGUCCAUUUUGAGAUCAUUGCUCUGAUGGUUCACAUAGUUCAAGCACGUUAGUUUUCUAUCUACAGCCCAUACACAUGAUAGCCUGCAAUGCAGUGAUUCUGAUCAUCAUGUUAGAGAUGUUUUGCAACUACCCGCUUGUGGCGUAAGCAAUAUUGCAGAAGAGAACUGACUGUUGCUUGGCAAACUGGAAUCAAUGCACCCUUACCAGUCGCAGUGGAUGGCCCAUUGGAUGCGGACAAGCUGUAGUUCUUCAUCAUCACAGGUUCAUGGGCAUUGUACCAUUCGUGAUGAGUGCAAUGAAGAAGAUCGAGAUGCUAAACGAGGGUGGUUGACCAUUCAAAAUGCAGAACAUAUGAAUGAAAGGGGUGUGGGCGAUAUUUCUAAAUCCAACAAUAUAUGGAGAUGCAUACAAGGGGGCUUAGAGGUAGCAUCUGAAGGUCCCCAAUUUGCAAAAGAGGUGGUAACUGAAACCAGAAAAAUUGAGAUCACAAAUGAAUCGCUGAUGACAAACUCAAAAAAAGUAGUCUCUCCUAAUUGGAAAGCGACGCAAUUGGAUUCCUUAUCUAUUCGCAAGCAAUCUGGAUCUUCUGUGGAUCUGGAAAAUUCCAAGACAUUUACCCUUCCAUACAUAACAGGUACACGAUCAGAAAGGUGGGCCAUUCCAAAGUUUGACUUGAACCAAAAAAUGGAGAUGCUUGAGAACACAGAUAUGGCUAUCUGCAACAGAGAACCUUCUAGGCCUCAAAUUGAUGUCGAAUCAAGAUAUGUGAGUGUAGAUGUUGGCACAAGCCGAUCCCAUUUAGUGCCUGUAGCAUUAACCCAACCUCCAAGUGAUGUAGGAUUUGUGUCAAAAGAACAUCAUCACGAAGCAGAAGGUAUAACACAAACUCGUCGGCAGCAGAUGAAACCAUAUAAUUUUCUUGACGGAAAAGCCUCACUAGUUUUGGGGCCUUGGCAGGACGAUUUUAUAGGAUUGACUUCCAAUUCUGCACUACAUGGAUUUAAAUCCAUUGAACAAAAUAUGAAGUGCUGUACAAGUAGACAAGGAAAAAAGGAUAAUCUUGCAAAUGAUUGUUUCAUUCAAAUGGAGCAUGAACUCGGUAACUCCUGCGGCCAUUCUACUUUUUUGGCUUAUGAUACGAAAAUGGGCAAAAGAUUUAAUUCUAAUAGUUCUGGAAGUCUAUUUUCAGGGGAGAAAGAUCGGGCCCAGAAAAUUAACGGGGAUCCUUUAAAAGGUGAUUUCCAUUUCCCAAUCCUUGUUGAGGAACAGGAUAGAAGCAUUAAAAAUCAGUCUUUUACUGGAUCACUUCCAGGCCACAGCACUACUUCUCAAGGGAUAACUGCGUUGGAAGAUUCAAAAUGCGGGCAUCACUUGUUACAUAGAAUGCCGACAUGCCCCCUUCAUGACGUGGACAUGUCGAGAAUAUGUACCACUGCGGAGGAAGCAGCAGGAGGCCCACCAAAGUUCUCGAAGGCAACCCAUCAUCCGUUGAUUAUGAAGAAAACUGAUGUCAACUUGUUCAAGGGAGAAAAGGUGCUCACAGAGUCGAUGGUGUCUACUCAAUCCAAAGGAAACAGUUCCAGUGAAAUUCUUGGGCUGCCUCCUAUCUUCCCUUGCUAUGAUAAGCAAGAAGCAUUGUCUCGAUAUUGCGGGAAUUUGAUCAAUUGUGAAGGCAGGGAUGAUGGGAAUGCUGCCAAUAUCGGUUUUUCAUGCAUACAAAAUGAAUCCUCAGCUGAAACUGAUACCAUGCCUUUUGAUGCUUAUCAAUCAAGAAACUCUCCUGCAGGGGUGACUUCUUCCCAAUUGCAUAAGGGUGUGAUGAUGGGCCGAAAUACAGGAAAGUCUCAGGAAUCAUUGUGUUCUCCAAGCAAAGAAGCAGGAAUCAAAUGUGCAGAAUCUGAUAUACCUGAUAUGAAUGAAGCGAUUUCCAUCAAUUUAGUUCAAGCGGACCAUGUGGACAACAGGGAGUUGAGCUCAUCGAGGACUGAGAGCUUGGAUGUUGAACACCUUCUUUCCCAUUUGGAGCAGCCCGGGAAUUCAAAUAUCAGUCCCCAGCAAUGUGGAGCACUAGAACUGGAUCCAAGCAGCAGAUGGGUUAAGCGUCUUAGAUCGAGUACCUCAGAUUCUCUUGCCUUUGGUACAAAGAGCUUAAAAAUAGGAGACACAUCAUCCAGGGAAAAAGUAAACAAACUGUUUUGCAGAAUAAUUAAUAACAGCAAAACAAACUCUGAACCCACAUCGGGUAAAUGUCUUGGGAGGGGCUCAUCUCUGCCAUCAGACAAGGCCAUGGUGUUAUUGAGAAAUAGAGAGUCUUCUUCAGCAGAUUCAGUGAAGGACCAUCUGGAUCUAAGCGCAUCAUAUUCUUGGAUCCAGAGAUGGUGUCGGAAUCGAGAAGGGAGGCCCCAAGAGUUACCCAAAUCACAGGUGGUGUGCAAGCCAGACAGUUCAAAGGCAGUGUUGAAAGAGUUUCGAGGUAAGCAAUUUCCGAGCAUUGCGGCAAUGGCUUUGAUGAGGAAGGCAGUGAACAAUUUCCAUCCAUGCGAGUUCAGGAAAAAGGGGUCUUUCGUGGUUUGGAAUUCUGAUGGGUUUUGAGAAUUUUGAGUACUCUAAUGCUGAGUAUAGACUGGUGAGAGAUGACCAGUUGAGUUUUCACUUAAACUCACUGAUGGUGGAAGAGGUAUUGAUGUGAAAACUUGAAUCGCAUUGUCGGUGAGAUUGGUCAUUAGACAAGAAGAAGACACGCUACUGCAAUUCAUCGAUGAGAAAAUCGGAAAUCGGGGUUGGGAGGUUUCAGUGCUCAGGUCCUGCAUUGGUAUUUAUCCUAGCUCUUCCAUUUUUAUUCUUGAAUUUCUCAAUUGUGGACACGAUUCUAGAUUUCCUUUCUUGGUCACAUUUCAAAAAUUCACACUUCUAACUCCCAGCCUUCGAAUGCUGAUAAAAAGAAAAUCCCCAUCUUCAAAUUCCUUGCAUUGCUUCUUUUGGGUACAUUUCAACUUUCUGGUUUGUUGCCUUUAAAAGCACAGUAAAUAAUCUAUAAAUUAUACAAAUUGAGCUGCCAAGCUAGAUGCAUUUGGUUA